AUGGCACCAAACAUCACUCCCUAUGUCGCAAACAAAACGAUACUCAUAGCGGGUGCGGGGGUCUCGGGUCUUGCGUUUGCUAUCUCUCUCCGAAAACUAUGGCCAUCCCUACCCGGCGACCCUAAACCGCCCAGGAUCAUCAUAUACGAACGGGAGACCCAUGCCGAUGUCAUGGGUCGUGAAGGAUACUCUCUUUCGCUGCGUAGCGAUGGAGUAAGCGAUGGAAUGACGGCGCUAAAAGAGAUGGGGAUCGUGGAUCAGAUGCUUCAGGCAAGCAUCACUGGGCAACAGGGAGAACAAGGCACGUUCCAUGUAUGGAACAAUGAUUGGCAAACCCUGAUCGCGGUUUCGGGACGAGAAAGGAAAGACCUGCCUGUCGAGGGCUUACGAAUCUCUCGUAAGAACAUGAGGAGCGUUCUCAUCGACGCAGUCGAUCCAAAUGACCAGAUCGUUUGGGGAGUUUCCUGCGUGUCUGUCGAACGAGGUACGGACAUGCCGCUCAAUGUCCAUCUCAGCGAUGGCAAUAUAGCAUCCUGCGAUGUCCUUGUUGCGGCGGAUGGCAGCUCCAGCAAAAUCAGGUCCCAGCUCCGGCCACAGGAUACGCUGGACUACGCAGGAGUAACUUGUAUUGCUGCAGCGUCCGUUUUCACGGACGGACAGAUUCCACCCCCGGCCGAUAAAGACUGGGGUCUCGUUCUUAAUGGGACUGGAAUCAGUGUGUUUGUCUCUCCGCAGGACGAGACUCGAGCAUCCUGGAACGUGAGUUGGCGAACAGCUACUCCUGAACCCGCGAAAAAACAACCGAUGAACGAGGAGGAGGCCAACGACCUCAUUCGCCUGGUGCAGGAGAAGGGAAGUUACUUUCGUGAGCCAUUCCAGGAGAUUAUCCAAAAUACCGACAAGACUUCGAUUAUAAAGUUCAAUGCAAUGGACAAGACUCCGUUUGAACAAGGGAAUGCGGUAAGAGACUUUCCUGCCAUCUUCCUCGGGGAUGCGCUCCAUGCGGUUUCUCCUUUUGCCGGCGCGGGUGCAAACCUUGCGCUUCAUGAUGUUUUCACGCUCGCAGAGCAAUUUUGCGCAUAUGAAAACCUCGAGGAAGCCGUCGCAGAAUUCGACAAGCGAGCAAUACCUCGCGCUGCGGGCAUCUUGAAGCAAAGCCGGUGGAGCAUCGGCGUUGCCCAUUCCACCGGAUGGAUGUCGUGGUUCUAUCAAUGGAUGUUUUCAGCGCUGAACUGGGUUUUCUUUGGCGGCCGCAAUUAA